CAAUGCUCAACCCCUGUCAAUCUAGACAGCCCUCCUCCAUCCUCCUCGUCCUCGUCCUCCUUCUAGACAUCAGUAUCUCACUCCCUGUCUCCUCCUGCCCGGUCUCCUGUAUAUGUUUCAACACCUCUGUGAACUGUACCUCACUGGAACUCUCUGAUGUGCCUAGCGGAGUGUCCCUUAACACAACCAUACUGGACCUCUCUCAUAACAGAUUAAGAGACCAAAGUUGGAGCAAGCUGAUUGCGCUAGCCUCUGAUUUAAACAACUUAAAACAGCUAAUUUUGACAGAUAACAUUUUAACUACUAUACCAGACAAGGGAAUUACCAACGUCAAGCUAGAUCUAUUGGAUAACCCAAUCCACUGCGACUGUAAGCUACUGGAGCUGCCUCCCUCCCAAUUCCUGAACUACGCCAGCACCAGCAUCACAUGCUCCUCCACCUCCAACCCUGACCUUCACAAUGUCAGAUUAGAUGAGCUUACUCCUCAGCAGUUAGGAUGUGAUGAGAUGAAGCUGUCAGUCCCAGCAGAGAUAACACUCUACAAGAUAGGAUACGAGCAGGUUAUACCCUGUCACAAGUCCAAACCAGGCACUGUAUCCUGGUAUCGAAGAGGGGUUCUCAGGUACCAGACUGGAGAGGAGGACUGCUCUCUUGUGCUCAGACACAUGACCUCCAGAGACGAGGGCUUGUAUAGGGUCAUCUACCAAGCUCCAUUACAGAACAGAACAGUCUACAUCAAUGUUUUGUUGAAAAAAGAAAGUAGUGGACCGAACAUAGAUGACAGCAACUCGCUGGUGGAGGUACAAAGAAAAGGAACAGCUAAAUUGACCUGCAAGUCAUUUGGAGCUCCACCACCAACUGUCGAGUGGUUCUAUCGUAACAACAGCGUCAAAAACACCGAACACAGCAACAUUGUGAUAGUAGACGCAGCGACACUAAUAGUAACUGAUGUCACGAGUGAGGAAGUGUUUACGUGUCGGGCUACGAACGUGCUGGGGACGACAGAAGCAAAGUUUGUUGUUAAAACCAUUGACAGGAUACGGGGUGCAGUGUUUGAGUGGUUGGCUCCUCUCUCAGUCGCCUUGCUCAUAAUAACGGGUGCUGGCAGUGUCGGCUACAUAUUCUACAGCAAGCAGAAGUUAGCCAGACUCAAACAGCGCUGUUCCAGUCCAGGUGUCAGUGACACUGGUGGUACUAUAUUCGAGAACUGUGACGCCCUACCCUCUACUAUUACACAUGGUGAAGGCUACAAGAUGCUCGCUAUCUCCACCUCUUCGCCCCCAAACCAACUCAUCUGCCCCAUUACCAGGGAAUGCAUGAAAAACCCAGUGGUGGCGAGUGAUGGGUUCUCAUACGAGGAGAAAGCAAUUCUGGCCUGGUUUAAGAGAAACGGAACAAGCCCCAUGACAAACGGGGAGAUCAGUAAACGCCUCAUACAGAAUCACAACCUACGGACCCUGAUACGAGACAUUAUGGACAAAAAAUCCAUGUCAGAUAGUUUCCUGAACCUAGAUCACCUUUCCCCGCCCUCCAGCGCCAGAGGGAACACAGCAAACCACCACUUUAGAAGCAAUGUGGUGACCAGUCCUUCCCUCUCACGAUUAUCUAGGGUGGCUCCAGAAGAAACCAUCAUUGAGACUAACAAUAUCCAGCCUUCUCGGUCUUCAGACCAACAAAACAGAGUACAGGCUUCACCGCCAACUGAUAACAAUAUUGAGACCGCUUCAAGAUCUUCUGCUAUCAGCAAUUCAGGACUAUCUGUUUCUGGUGAGUCAGUGCCAAGUGGCAGUAGAACAGAGCAAACAGGAAGCGAGGGCCGCAGUGGUGGCGGGAUUAACCCGGCAGCUGAGCUGUCUAACGUUUCAACCAGGGAACACAGAUUCAGAUCUAACAGUUCCAUCAACUCUCGAAACAGUAUCUCUACUGAUCAGGGUAUUGGGGUUUCAGUUACAGAGUCUCUUGGCGAACCGUUGAGGGAAUCAAGUGGUAGCUCCGCUUUUGACAUCGAAAUCUCGGAGGAUACCGGAGUAAUUUCAAGCGCCUCCAAUGAAUACGACACGGUCGUGAGUAUAGAAACUAAUGGUCAAAUUCAGACCGAAAUCUUAUCUGCAGACGACAUCUUAUCUGCGGAUGACAUCUAACCUUGGGUGUUCAGGGCUAGGUUUGCUGACCAACUUGUCGUCAUAGUUUGUAAUUUCAGUGACGUAAACCAAGACUGUUCGUAGUUAUAAUAGUUACUUUGUGUUAUCAGUAAUAAUAAUAAUGCAACGAAUUUUUCUAACUUAUCAGUAGCAGCGAAACACUUCAUUUUCUUUUAUUCUAUUUAUACAGAACGGUACAGACAUUCAAACCGGCUUAUCGUUCUAUUUAUACUCUUUUUAUGAUUGUUUGUAAGUUAAUUUUUAAGCAGGAAUGCAUAUUUAAUAUUUGAUUUUUGUUCUUCAUUGAUGAUAAGUAUAAUAAAUGGUUUAUUGUUAGGGAAAGCUGAUCAAAGUUUAUUUAGCAUGAAAUCAAAGAUAUGAUUUUGUAUCAAGCUUGUUUACUGUUGAUUUUGAGUGUUUAUGUGACCAAUAAACAUAUGGUCAGUUUUCAUUUGAUUAAACUAAAUAGUUUAAUUACACAUUGGGGCAUUUGAUUUCUAAAGCCACAUAUA